GGCGGCGGCGGCGGCGGCGGGAGCGCUGCGGGCACCGCUGCGGAGCAUGUGCGCCCAGGCGGAGGACUGGCGCUCGGCCAGGGCCAUCUACGACUUUCACGCGCUCGACAUCGAUGGCAACGACGUGUCCCUGGAGAAGUACCGGGGCUGCGUCUGCAUCAUCACCAACGUCGCCUCCAAAUGAGGGAAGACCGCGGUAAACUACACUCAGCUUGUUGACCUGCACGCCCGAUACGCUGAGAGGGGUUUACGCAUCCUGGGCUUUCCCUGCAACCAGUUCGGGAAGCAGGAGCCCGGGGACAACGCUCAGAUCAAGGCAUUUGCUGAGAACUAUGGAGUGAAGUUCGACAUGUACAGCAAGAUCGAUGUGAACGGGGACGAUGCCCACCCGCUCUGGAAGUGGAUGAAGGAGCAGCCCAAAGGGAGGGGCACCCUGGGCAAUGCAAUAAAGUGGAACUUCACCAAGUUCCUCAUUAACCGGGAGGGCCAAGUGGUGAAGAGGUACAGCCCGAUGGAGGAUCCCUACGUGAUCGAGAAGGACCUUCCUGCCUUCCUGUAGCUCCGCUCCGCUGUCCCCCCGCCCGCCCCGGCCCCGCUGCCCCCGGAGCCUCCUCCAGCCCCAUGACGGGCUGCCCCCAAGCCAGGUCCUGGUGGGGCAGCCCUGACCCCGGCGUGCACCGCUGGACGGAGGCCCCGCGGCUGCGGCCGCCCCGGGCAGGAGCAGCCGGAGCCCUCUCGCAGUAACUGGAGACCCCUCGCAAUAAAGACCUUAGGAA